AUGGAAGGGUAUCCGAAUGCUGCAGCCAAGUUCAGCAAGGAAGCCAAUCUGCAACCUCACCAGAUUGACGAGACGAUCAAAGUCCGUCAGCAGAUACAAAAGUCCAUUCACACCGGCAGUAUCCAGUCUGCUAUCGAGGCUUUGAAUGACUUUGAUUCAGAGAUUCUGGACCGGGAUCCUACCCUUCACUUCGCACUGCUUCGCCUUCAGCUUGUCGAGCUGAUUCGGGCAUGUACGUCAACGCCUGGCGGAGACAUCACCCCUGCUUUGUCGUUUGCGACGAAUCAUCUAGGUCCACGGGCACCUACAGACCCUCGCUUUCUUAAAGAUCUUGAGGAGACGAUGGCUCUGUUGAUCUUCCCACACAAUGACCUUGAACCCCAGUUGGCUGCUAUCUUGCAUCCAGACUUGAGACGAGAUGUGGCAGAUGAUGUCAACAAGGCUAUCUUGCAGCGUCAGUCGGAGCGUCGGGAAGCCGCGAUCCGACAGUUGGUUAAGAUGCGCGCAUGGGCUGAGACAGCUGCCCGAGCGGACAAGAAGGCCCUGCCUGACAGGAUAAGCCUUGGCUUGAAUGGGGAUGAAAGUGAUGGGCAUGACCCAAUGCUGUUAUCUUGA